CGUGCUGGUGAUCCGCGCCAGCAUCGUCCGCCACAUGGACAACGUCAUCGACAUGCUCAUCUGCAGCUCCGUCGUGUCGUCCCUCUCCUUCCUGGGGGUCAUCGCCGUCGACCGCUACAUCACCAUCUUCUACGCCCUGCGCUACCACAGCAUCAUGACGCUCCAGCGUGCCGUGGUCACCAUGGCCAGCGUCUGGCUGGUCAGCACCGUCUCCAGCACCGUCUUCAAGAACAACGCCACCCUCCUCUGCCUCAUCGGCUUCUUCCUCUUCAUGCUGGUCCUCAUGCUGGUGCUCUACAUCCACAUGUUCGCGCUGGCCCGCCACCACCUCCGCAGCAUCUCCAGCCAGCAGAAGCACCCCACUGUCUACCGCAGCAGCAGCCUGAAGGGCGCCGUCACCCUCACCAUCCUCCUGGGCGUCUUCUUCAUCUGUUGGGGUCCUUUCUUCUUCCACCUCAUCCUCAUCGUCACCUGCCCCACCAACCCGUUCUGUGUUUGCUUCUUCAGCUACUUCAACCUCUUCCUCAUCCUCAUCAUUUGCAAUUCCGUGGUU